AUGAGAUGGACACCAACAAGUGUUGAAGAAAUGAGGGCAUUUUUUGGAUGUCUUAUUUACAUGGGCCUCUGUCAGCUGAGUGAUAUACGGAAUUAUUGGUCAGAGGCACUUGGCCAAGAGAGAAUCAGUAGUGUUUUCAGUCGAAACAGAUUCACUGACUUGUUCAGAUAUCUGCAUUGCAAUGACAAUACGAUGGCAUUAUCAAAGAAUGAUCCCAAUCAUGACAAACUGCACAAAGUAAGGCCAGUGGUGAAUUUGCUGCAGCAAUCCUUCAAACAGUUUUGGGUACCACACCAGCAAAAUAGUAUAGAUGAGCGCAUGAUUCCAUUUACUGGCAGAAGUUCUAUCAAGCAGUACAUGAAGGACAAGCCAAACGAAUGGGGCUUCAAAAUGUGGAAACUUGUUGACUCUGUUUCAGCAUAUUUAUAUGCGUUUGAUAUAUAUACAGGCAAAGGAGCUGAACGGGAGGUUAGACUAGGUCAACAUGUUGUUUUGAAGUUGGCAAAAGAACUACAACUGGGGCAGCCGUGGAUGUUGUUUUUUGACAACUUUUUUUCAUCAGUUGACCUUAUAGAUCAGCUGUUUGAAAGAGGUAAACUUGCUACGGCAACAAUUCGACCUAAUCGUGCUGGUUUGCCAAUAGAGGUGAAAAAUGCAAAGCUAGAGACAGGGGAAAUGAUUUGGAGGAUGAAAGAUCCACAGACUGUGGUUACCAAGUGGAAGGACACCAAAGAGGUUCUCCUCAUUAGUUCUAUGAGCAGAGCAGUGCCAUCAGAAACUGAUUUUGUUACAAAAUCCCAAAAAGGCACUGCUGAAAAAACCACAAGAACAUUCUCACUGUGUGUCAUUCAAUAUAGAAAGAGAAUGGGUGGAGUUGACACCAAUGAUCAAAUGAUAGCCUACCAGAAUUUGUCAAGAAAAUCUUACAGAUGGUGGGUGCCCAUCUUUUUGGACUUGUUCAAGCAAGCAAUUGUAAAUGCUUGGAUCCUGGAACAAUAUCAGCCAGAUGCAAAAAAGCGGGGGCAAAAAGAGUUCCGGAUCGAGCUAUUUCAAAGUCUUGUUGGAACAUUUUCUGCAAGAAAGAGAGAAGCUGGUCAACAGCCAAAUGCUACAAAGAGGUUUGAUGGCAAUCAGCAUUUUUUUGUCAAAUCUGAGAAAAGAGGAUUUUGCAAGAAUGUUUGUGGAAGCAAGGUCUUUUACAAAUGUACAAAAUGCGAAAUUUUUCUUUGCAUUGUCUGUUUUUAUAACUACCACAAGAGACUUUGA